GACUAAUUGUAUAUCCAUAGACUAAAUGCCGGGUCCUGUGCUUUGGUCACAACAGCCCCAGGCAAUGCUGCAGGCUUGGGGCAGAGUGGCUGGAAAGCUGCAUGGAGGAAAAGGAUCUGAAGGUUUUGGUUUACACCCAGCUGAAUGUGAGACAGUAAUGUUCCCCAGGUGGCCAAGAAGGCCCGUGGCAUCCUGGCUUGUAUCAGAAAUAGUGCAGCCAGCAGGGGAAUGUUCAUCUGGCUGUGUUCAUCUCUGGGACACCUGCACCUUGGACACUGUAUUCAGUUUUGGGCUUCUUGCUACAAGAAAGACAUUGAGGCCCUGGAGUGUAUCCAGAGAAGGGCAUUAGAACUGGUGUAGGGUCUGGAGCACAAAUGUUAUGAGGAGCUGCUGAGGGAACUGGGAUUGUUUAAUGUGGAGAACAGGAGGCUCAGGGGAGACCUGAUUGCUCCUUACAACUACACAAAAGGAGGCUGUGGCUUUGCUCCCAGGUAACAGUGACAGAACAAGAGGUAAUGGUCUCAAGUUGUGCCAAGGGGAGUUCAGGUUGGAUAUUAGGAAAUGUUUCUUCUUAGAAAGACUGGUGAGAAAAGUGCAAUGGGCUGCCCAGGGAAGUGGUCGAGUCCCUGGAGGUGUUUGAGAAACAUGGAGAUAUGGCACUGAGCGACAUGGUUUGUAGGUAUGGUGAGAGUGAGCUCACAGUCAUACUAGGUGGUCUCAGUGAUCUUUUCCAACAUUAAGGAUUCUACAGUUUUUUGGUUUCUAAUGCUUAAGAACAGUGGCUGCUGGAGGAAAGUCCUGUUGGACAGAUGGAAACAAAAGCUGCCUGUGGGAAUGUUUGUGGAUCCUCACUGCACGGUCAUCAGGCAGUAGUUGAUGAUGAGUACAUUUGGCAGUGCAGCAAAGGACACAUGUUCUCCCUGGCUCUUCAGCAGCAGGGCAUGCCGCUCAGUGAGACCGUGCUUGGGUAGGAGGGGUAACAAAUAGGUUAGCAGUAGGUUACUGCUGAGAACCUUGCUGACUCUUGCUGUGGUUGAAACUCAGUGCUGCCAAAGGGCAUACAGCUGAGGAAGAUUUAAUUAAUCAAACAGCAAGUAAUUACAAAGUUGUCAUCAGCUGUUUUUGGCAGACUAAUAGCAGGAACAUUCAUUCUAGCUUCUGCUCUCUAUGGUGUUUUUCUGCGUGCUAUUAGAUACAUACAUAUUCUGAAUGGUGGAAGAAGUCUGAUGAGUCUUUUGUGAAUCAGUGUUGGUUUGUUGAAUUAAACAUGCAGCUACUCUACUGAUUAGGGCAGGACCUGGUCAAUCUAGUGAAUGGUGUUUUAAGUGUCUGAAUCUCCUUGUUUUUCCUUAAUUCACGUUACUUAACAAUCAAGUGUUGAAACUUCUACUUUCACAACUUGGUUGGUUAUUUAAAAGCUUGGAAGCAAAUUGUAAUAUUUUGUUUCUUCCCAGGGACUUACUGCCAGAUGAUUUUAUGCUAACAGACUUAUAACACAAGUGCAUAAAUAAUAAAAAGUACCUUUUGAGAAUCAUAGCAAGCAUUAGAAGAAAAAAAAAUGUUUUUAGGCAAAUUGAAGGAACAUCUUGUUUCAUCACCUGAGCUGUUGAACUGCUGCCUUUGGAAAUGUUAGGUUACAAAUGGAUAAAGCUUAUAUCUUUUAGUCACAGAGUGAGUGUAAAAGUGGACAGCUGUACUGGGCGGACAUCUCAUGUGUUGGGCAAAAUUAGUUGGUAACAUCUAGAAGUGGUAAAAGCUGUUUUAGUUGAUUUCAUUUUCUUUCCAGACUAGUGAUUUUUUCAAAUGACACAUCUGAAUAAAGAGGGAACCAAAUUUCCAAGGCUUGCCAGUGAUCUUCAUUAAAUGUUUUGGUUUUUUAUUUCCCCAGAGCAAUUUGAGGUAGGAAUAGGGCUUGUAAAUAAAAAUAAUAAUAAAAAGAAAACAACAACAGCUUGAUUUCCUUUGCUUAGGAAAAUCUCAAAGUGUUUAUUCUUUUUCAUUUAUUCUGUAGCCAGCAUUUGCAUCCUGCCUCUUCUUGAGAGGAGAAUUAUUAGAGUUGAAUGGGGAGGAUGGUUCUCUGUUUAGCGGAGCUGACUGCCAGCCUUGUUUUUCACCCAGGGGUAGAGUUCAGUACUUUCUAGCAUGACAUUAUGAAUUGAUCCUGCCUGAUUUCCUUAUUCUCUUUGGAUUUGUCAGUAGACUUUAUUUCUGACUUGAAAAUUGCAUUGUCUGUUUGCCAGGGCAUGUCUCAAAGCAGUGUGGGUUUUCUAAUGGAUGAGGAGUCUAGUGUAACCCUUAGCAAAGACAGGUGAAAUGGAUUUUAAUGAACUUGAAGUUGUGCUAUGCAUUUGUAACAUGAAGCCUGUCUGGCGCUGGCAGCCACCAUCAUGCUUCCCACUCUAUUUCCUUCAGCCUCUUUAAGAUACUCCUGAAGAGGCACAGGUUUCACAAGCUUCUUCAGCACAAACUUUCCUCAGCCCUGGGAGCAGAGAUUAAGCAGAAAUCUGUGCUGCUGUGGGUAGAAAACAGGACACUAAAGUGGUGUCUCUUCAGCCAAGAAAGCUGUAGAGAAAGCAAAGCAGGCUGCAUGAGGUGCAGGAUAUGAGGGCACAGGCUUAUGGCAUGGAGGGAGGGGAGGCUGCAAUGGCAUGGCACAGCUGGUGAGGCUGCAGUGGUCUCUGUGUUGUUUCUUUGACCUUGGGACCAUUUUAAGCUAAAGCGAGUGCCCACAUUUAUCUCAUUGGGUCACGGCUCUCUUAGUGCACGAGAGUUACACUCCACACGAAUCUGCAGUGCAGGGAUGCUUUCUGAUAUGCAGUAUUUGGGUCUUGCUUUUGAAAGCCUUUAGAUCAAGGAUUGAUCUUAUUUUCAUGAAUAAUUUGAUGGUUUAAUAUGAAUAGGUUUAAGCUUUUGCACAGGAAACUGCUAAGCCUGCCUGUUUGUUUGGUGUUCAGAUUUUCAGCUUGAGGAUGAGGUGUUUUUUCCUUCUGGUAUUUUAAUCUACCCUUCAGUUGCUUCAUACUUGUUAUACAACAAGUUUAUUUGGAAACUUUAUUUGGCUUCUCUUUUUGGGAGAGCUGAUUUUGAGCAGUUUUUCCUUGGUUUCUGUAUAAAUAUAACUUUGUAAUAAUUGAUCCUGGGCCUCAUCUUCAGCAUUGUUUAUUUUGAGUAAUACUGGGGUUAAAACAGAGGUUGCACUGCAAGAAUUCAGAAGGGAAGAGUCAAAUCAGUUAGACUGUAAAACAUGUAUCUUCAUCUGUAAUAACUGUUCUGAAACUUCAGUUGUUUUCGACUUCAGUCAUAACAAUGAGAAAACAUUGGACAAAAAGUUUCCCAUCCAGCAUCUUAUAAUCAGCAUGUGAUUAGCCAGACUGGUUUUAUUCUGUCAUUGCUGCAUAGAAGGCCUUGUGGUUGUGCAUAAGUCUGGCUCUUAUCUGUUGGUUUAUUGUAGCAUCUGUUCACUAACACAUGUGCAGAGUCAUUAUUUACUAUUCUAAUGCAAGAAGGAAGUCCUGUAGCUGUUUGUGAAUUUGGGACUCAGUUGAAGAAUUGCUUUGCUUGCUCCUACUUUCUGUUUAGCACUUGUGUAUUACUUACAGUACAGUGUUUUGUACCAAGAAGCUGUUCUGCUUCUGCACUGUUGUUCAGAUGUCACUCUGGUGGAAGUUAUCACACUUCUCAGUGUUGAAAACUAGUUUAUAUAAGAGUUUAAUGUAUGCCUUUGUGAACUUUUCAUGCUCAUAUUUCUGCAGCGAACUCUAUGCAAGUGACUGUACUGAAGUGAAAGACUCAUUGAGUCUAAUUCUAUUUAGAUAGAUGCAGCUGAUGAUGUGAAUGGAGCUCUGGGUGGAGUAGACCAAAUAGUGUUUGAUUUCUGUAUAGGGUUGGUUAUUUUAUUCUUAAAUGGGAAGAACUCAGGUAACUCAAGUGUAUAGAUUAGGAAUUUCAAAGUUGCUUAAAUACUGGAUUUCUUUUCUUGCAGCAGGUACCCAGGAAAGCAUGGAAGAUGAAAUUGAAUCAAUUCUACGGGAUCGCAUAAUGAUUUUGGAUGGAGGCAUGGGUACCAUGAUCCAGCAGCAUGCUUUUUCAGAAGAAGAUUUCCGAGGGCGUGAAUUUAAAGACCAUUCCAAAUCUUUGAAAGGCAAUAAUGACCUUCUGAGCAUAACUCAGCCUGAUAUCAUCUGUGACAUACAUAAGGAAUACCUGCUGGCAGGUGCUGAUAUCAUUGAAACUAACACUUUCAGUAGCACUCGAGUUGCACAAGCUGACUAUGGCCUUGAGCAUUUGGCAUAUAGAUUAAACAAAGUCUCUGCACAAGUGGCCAGAAAAGCAGCAGAUGAUGUAGCUGCUCAGACAGGAAUUAAGAGGUAUGUUGCUGGAUCAAUGGGUCCAACAAACAGGACACUUUCUGUGUCACCAUCUGUGGAGAGACCAGAUUACAGGAAUAUAACUUUUGAUGAACUGGUUGAAGCCUAUACAGAACAAGCCAAAGGACUUUUGGAUGGAGGAGUAGAUGUCAUGUUAGUAGAAACCAUAUUUGAUACAGCCAAUGCCAAGGCAGCUCUUUUUGCACUCCACAAGUUGUUUGAGGAAGAAUAUGCUCCUCGACCCAUAUUUGUUUCUGGAACCAUUGUAGAUAAGAGUGGACGUACCCUCUCGGGCCAGACAGGAGAGGCAUUCGUCAUUAGCAUUUCACAUAGUAAGCCUCUUUGCAUUGGCUUAAAUUGUGCUUUAGGAGCAGUUGAAAUGAGACCAUUCAUUGAAACAAUUGGGAAAUGCACAACAGCCUACGUCAUCUGUUACCCCAAUGCAGGUCUUCCCAAUACUUUUGGUGGUUAUGAUGAAACUCCAGAAGUGACUGCAAAGCACAUAAAGAAUUUUGCAUUGGAUGGUUUGGUCAACAUAGUCGGAGGUUGCUGUGGUACUACACCAGCACAUAUCAGGAAAAUUGCUGAAGCUGUGAAAUUAUGUAAGCCUCGUGUUCCACCUUCUCUCUGUCAAGGAUAUAUGCUGCUGUCAGGUUUGGAGCCAUUCAGGAUUGGGCCAUACACCAACUUUGUUAAUAUUGGUGAACGCUGCAAUGUUGCGGGAUCACGGAAGUUUGCUAAACUCAUCAUGGCAGGCAACUAUGAAGAAGCCUUGACUGUAGCCAAAUCCCAAGUUGAGAUGGGAGCCCAGAUUCUUGACAUCAAUAUGGAUGAUGGGAUGCUGGAUGGACCUUCUGCAAUGACUAGAUUUUGUAACUUGAUUUCUUCAGAACCUGAUAUUGCAAAGGUGCCACUAUGCAUUGAUUCCUCAAACUUUUCAGUGAUUGAAGCAGGCUUGAAAUGCUGCCAAGGAAAAUGCAUUGUGAACAGCAUCAGUCUGAAGGAAGGUGAAGCAGACUUUCUGGAGAAAGCAAGGAAAAUUAAAUUGUAUGGAGCAGCUGUGGUUGUCAUGGCUUUUGAUGAAGUGGGUCAGGCAACAGAAACAGAAACCAAGAUUGCAAUCUGCUCCAGAGCAUACCACCUUCUUGUGGAAAAAGUACACUUCAAUCCAAAUGAUAUAAUAUUUGACCCUAAUAUUUUGACCAUAGGGACCGGAAUGGAAGAACAUAACCUGUAUGCCAUUAAUUUUAUCAAUGCUACUAAAACCAUAAAAGAAACACUACCAGGUGUCAGAAUAAGUGGGGGUCUUUCCAAUCUGUCUUUCUCCUUUCGAGGAAUGGAUGCCAUUCGAGAAGCGAUGCAUGGGGUGUUCCUAUACCAUGCAAUUCGGUAUGGCAUGGAUAUGGGGAUUGUGAAUGCUGGGAGUCUGCCAGUGUAUGAUGACAUCCACAAGGAACUGCUACAGCUAUGUGAGAAUCUAAUCUGGAACAAAGAUCCUGAUGCGACAGAGAAGCUUCUACGUUAUGCUCAGAAUCAUGCUCAAGGAGGAAAAAAAGUGACGCAGACUGAUGAAUGGCGAAACAGCACUGUGGAGGAAAGACUGGAAUAUGCGCUUGUAAAGGGCAUAGAGAAGUAUGUCACUGCAGAUACAGAAGAAGCAAGAUUAAAUCAGGAAAAAUAUCCUAGACCUCUAAAUAUAAUUGAAGGCCCUUUGAUGAAUGGCAUGAAAAUUGUUGGUGAUCUUUUUGGUGCUGGGAAGAUGUUUCUGCCUCAGGUGAUAAAGUCUGCUCGAGUUAUGAAGAAAGCAGUUGGCCACCUUAUUCCUUUUAUGGAAAAAGAAAGAGAAGAAAGGAGAGCCAAACAAGGCACCUCAGAGGAAGAGGAUCCUUAUAAUGGUACAAUAGUACUAGCAACCGUGAAAGGUGAUGUACAUGAUAUUGGCAAGAACAUUGUGGGAGUCGUUCUGGGAUGCAACAACUUCAGAGUUAUUGAUUUAGGAGUCAUGACUCCAUGUGAUAAGAUAUUGAAAGCUGCUGUUGAGAACAAAGCAGAUAUAAUUGGUCUGUCUGGUCUCAUCACCCCAUCUUUGGAUGAAAUGAUUUUUGUCGCCAAGGAAAUGGAGAGACUGGCAAUAAAAAUUCCUUUGCUGAUUGGAGGAGCAACUACUUCUAAAACACACACAGCUGUUAAAAUUGCCCCCCGCUAUAGCGCACCUGUAAUUCAUGUCCUGGAUGCAUCCAAGAGUGUUGUGGUUUGCUCCCAGCUCUUAGAUGAAAGUGUAAAGGAUGAUUUCUUUGAAGAAAUAUUAGAGGAAUAUGAAGAAAUUAGGCAAGAGCACUAUGAGUCUCUCAAGGAAAGAAGAUACUUGUCUCUUCAGCAAGCUAGAAGAAAAGGUUUCCAUAAUGACUGGUUGUCAGACCACAAACCCGUGAAACCAAAAUUCAUUGGUACAAAAGUCUUUGAAGAUUAUGAUCUGAAGAGGCUGGUAGAAUACAUCGACUGGAAGCCUUUCUUUGAUGUUUGGCAACUUAGAGGAAAAUAUCCCAACCGGGGUUUUCCUAAAGUCUUUAAUGAUAAAACAGUAGGUGCAGAAGCACAGAAAGUUUAUAAUGAUGCUCAAAAUCUUCUGAAAAUAUUGAUUAAUCAAAAGAAAUUACAAGCCAGGGGUGUGCUUGGGUUCUGGCCAGCUCGAAGUGUUCAAGAUGAUAUCUAUUUGUAUGCUGCUGAAGAGGCAGUGGGAUCUUCAGAACCAAUAGCAAAAUUCUGUGGCCUGAGGCAACAGGCUGAAAAAGAUUCUGCCUGUACAGAUCCGUAUUACUGUCUCUCUGACUUCAUAGCACCACUGGAUUCUGGCAUUCGUGACUACUUAGGCCUUUUUGCUGUAGCCUGCUUUGGUGUAGAUGAGUUAUGCAAUGACUUCAGGAGACAGGAUGAUGAGUACAAUAUCAUAAUGGUAAAGGCGCUUGGAGAUCGACUGGCUGAGGCAUUUGCUGAGGAGCUCCAUGAAAGAGUUAGAAGGGAAUUCUGGGCUUACUGUAGUGAUGAGCAGCUAGAUCUUUCUGACCUGCGCAAAAUUAAAUACGAGGGAAUUCGGCCUGCUCCUGGUUAUCCAAGCCAGCCUGACCAUACAGAAAAACUCACCAUGUGGAAGCUCGCUAACAUUGAGGAAACAACAGGAAUUGGUUUAACUGAAUCACUGGCAAUGACACCUGCUUCUGCAGUUUCUGGCCUCUACUUUUCCAGUCCCAAAUCAAAAUAUUUUGCUGUUGGCAAGAUAUGUAAAGAUCAGGUGGAAGAUUAUGCACUAAGAAAAAAAUUGUCUGUGGCAGAAGUGGAGAAAUGGCUGGGACCCAUUUUGGGAUAUGAUGCUGAAUAACUGUGAGAGAUACAUGAGCAAGCAUUUCCUUUUUAUGGUCCAUUUGCCAGAAGGAAGAAUGAAGUGGCAUCUAUUUUCCUUCAUCACUGCCCUUAGUGUUCUUUGGAAGUGUUUUGUUGUUUUUGUCACUCGUGUGGUCCAAAAAAAGCCCAGAACCACAACUACACCAACAAACUAAAUGAAUUCAAAUGCAAGAAGAAAAUUCUUCCUAUUGGGAAGUUCCCUUCCAUCCAGCUCAGUAUUUUGUCUUAUUGUUCUUAAUUUUUGAUCAAGGAACUUAUAUUUCAGAUGUACCAGGUAUAUGGGACCAUGAAUGCCUUACAUACCUUAGUCCUAGCAACACGCAGGGUGAGAUGUGGAAGUUUCACUGCCCUCUUAUCCUUAGGAAGGCUUUGAAAUGAGGGCCACAAUUAUGUCUCGUUGACUGUGGACCAAUGUUCAACAGAACUUUUGUUAUUUGAAUGUGUAUUGGCAACUCAAUGUCAUACAGAAAUAGUAUGUGAUUUUGUUUUUUUCCUGUGAAGUCAGCAAAGGUUUUAAACUGAGUUACCAAGAACAACUGGUGUACAAACAGAUCGCCUUUUCUCAAAUCUGUCUGCUCCAAAUUAGGUCUUGAGUGUAAUGUUGUUUGGUUUUUAUGUCUAAAUAACAACUCAGGUUUUAAAAAUGCUUUGUGAUGACAAUGGUAGUUAAAACUAUCAAAAGAAUAUGAUGUGCUGCAGUAAUGUGAUGCUGCAUUAUGAUAAAACACUAAAUGAGAUGACUGAGCCUGUUCAGUUGUCUCAUGCUUAAUUCCAGCUGACCACAGUCUUUGUUUCUACUCUGAAUAAAGUAUAGUGAUACUUUCCUGUCUUCUUAUCUCACAGUUAUAUUCUGAGGAUUAAUCCAUAUGCAAACAAUCUUUCAUUAGAAGCAUAAUUAUUAAUAUUAUCGGGCAAUCAGAAAUCUUGGAGUCAAUCAGUGUUAUACAAACUUCGAAGCUUCUGGCACCUUGAUUUAAAAAGCAAAUAACAGCAACACUAUCAUAAAUAACAGUUAAUACCGUAGGAUUGUUCUUCAGAUUUAACUUCAAGUGAGUUCAUUGUUCAUAGCUCUUAAUAAUCCCCUAAAGUGCCUCAAGUAUUAUUUAAAAGCGAAUGUCAUAAAAUAUUAUGGCAGGAAAGUCUCACUUUCCUGAUCUCUAACUGUAAAGAAAAGACCCAUAAGUGGUCUGUCUGUAACCUGUAAAGUUACAACUUUUGAGAUAUCUGUCUGACUUUAUGCUAAAAGAAUCAUCUUUAAUCAGCAGUUUAAUAAAGGCUAAGCUGUCAAUGCUUGUUUUAGAAUUAUUUGAAUGGCAAAAAACAUUGCUGUAAUGUGAGUAACUAACUUCAGAAUUAGUGUACAUGUUGUGUUAUUAAUCUAAAAGAAUAAAUGAUGCUAUUGGGUUCUUAAA